AUUGUCUAUGCAUAUCUCAGAAACUGUUCUGCAUGUCCGUCAUCCUCCAGGCAGGUUGCCAUGGAUAUCACCACCAAGUGUUGCCAUAAGGAGAUGGAAAGCUAUGGGCAGUGUGUGGCCUCCCACCCAUCAACAUGGCAACAGCACUGUCAAGACCUGAAGAUGAAGGUGGCACAGUGUACCUCUUCACACCCUGUGAUCCAGAAGAUCCGGACAGACUGUUCAAAAGAGUUCACAGAGUUUGAGCACUGCUUACGAGAGAACCAGAACUCACCUACCUCCUGUUCAGUACACGUAGCGCGCUUCCUCGGCUGUGCAGAGACAGUGGACCUUGCCGGAGUGCCAGUGAACCCGGUUCCUCGGCCCUCUUAGGACCCAGCAGUGACCAUCAUCCAUCCCUCUCAGAUAUCUCCUUCCUGCAACACUGACACCGGACUGCUCUAUCUAUCAUGGAUAAAUCAAUGCCCAUGUCAUUUUGAUAACUUCCUGACUUGGUACAUGGAUAAAGUGGACUCUUGUCCAUGGCUACUUUAGGAUUUGUCAAAAUAACUCAAACUCCUAGACAUUUACAAUUUCUGGGACUGAUUUCUGCCCGAGACUGUGAAGAAUCAAGACUGGUUAUUUAUUGAAGAUCUGUCAUAACUCAUCAAUGCUACAGCUCUCUGAAAUACAAUGGGAAUCAGAGGAGUCGUUUUCCCCGUAUGUGAAAAGAAUCACUCAGUGCGACUGACUAUGCAGCAGGUUUUAGUGUGCAAUACAUAUUUACAACACUGUGGUAACCUCAGGUAGCAGCCUAAAUGGUUUUCUUUGCCUCUCAAAUGUAUAUUGAGAAUGAAUGUGUAAAACAGUGUUAGCUUUGUAACCUCAAUCCGCAACAUAUCUGUGUACAACUGCGUGAUAUAUAAGUAUCCCUUGUUUGCGGUGUGGUUGUCUCUUGUAGAUGUUAUUUUGGGUGAAUUUUAUCAUGAAACUCCUAUAUUUCAGUCCUAUUACUCAUCCAGUUUGGAUACAUGCUGUCUGGUGUUAUGGUGCUACACAAGGGUGCCCCUCGCUCCCUCCCACUCUCCUUUUCUUCAGGUUGGAGUGAGUCAUGGUAGAAUACUCAACUGUGGAAUGUAUAUCUCUCCCACACAUCUCUCCUUGGCUACACACUCGCUGAGGGAAAGGAGGGAGCGCAGGAAGGAGGGGAAGGGGCCUGGAGAGUUAGAAUUUGAAGGAGCUGAGGAAAGGUGGAAGGAAGGAGAAGUAGAGGGGAUGAAGGAGGAGGCUAUCCGCUGGCGGAAGGAACAGAGCCCAGGAAGGUUGGAUGAGAAGGAGGGGGCUGUGGAGUUAUAAUCUGUGUGACCACAGAGACAGUCAAGAGGGAGGAUGUUGAGUUAUGUACCCUUUGACUACUAACCAGAACAGGCCCCCUUUUCUGCUUCACUUAUUAAAGGCUGAGGGAGACGCAAUCAAGUGGAGAGAUUCUUCCUUGGAAAUGUCAGUCUUCAAAAAAUUGGACACAAACAACGUGCAGAGGCUGAAUGUACAAAACAUUAAGAACACAUUCCAAAUAUUGAGUUGAGUCAGGGCAUGGACUGUACAAGGUGUUGAAAGAGUUCUACAGAAAUGCUGACUCGUGUUGACUCCAAUGCUUCCCACAGUUUUGUCAAGUUGGCUGGAUGACCUUUGGGUGGUGGACCAUUGUUGAUACACACAGGAAACUUGAGCAUGAAAAACCCAACAGUGUUGCACAAACCGGCACGCCUGGCACCGACUACCAUACCCCGAUCAAAGGCACUUAAAUCUUUUGUCUUGCCCAUUCACCCUCUGAAUGGC